AUGGCGCGUAUUGACCGAUCGUCGAACAAAAAAAGGAGUUGCCGCAUCAACUUCCUUGCGGUUGAUGACCACACAAUUGAUCGCACGACGAUGGAGGACCUGCUGGAAACCUACCUCCCCUGCCUCCAAAAACUCUGGACGGACCUUGAGAUCGAUACAGAAACCCUCAAAAUUGGCUCGAUCGCUGCAAUUGUGUCUAUUUUCGCACUGUAUGCGGGAUACCUCUACAUCCUAAGUCUGGCCGAAGCACCCGUUACAUUUAAUGUGCCGCUGCCGGAGCAGCUACGAUCAGAUUGGGAUGGGACAAAAUGGGAGAAUUUGAAAGGAGAAGAGAAGAAGAUCCUUGAAGGCCAGGUUCAGGGCAAAUGGAACACGGAGCGCAUCGUGAGCUAUUGCCCGGCCGACGGAAGGAUACUAUCUACAAACAUACCUCUUGCGACACGCGAGAUAGUUGACAAGGCGGUUCACGAUGCGAAACGCGCACAGGUUGAAUGGGCGCAGACGACAUUUGCGCAGCGACGGAGGUUACUCAAGACUUUACUCAAAUAUGUCCUCGACCACCAAGACGACAUCGUAACAGCGUGCUGCCUCGACUCCGGCAAGACCAAAGUCGACGCCUCUUUCGGCGAGAUUUUGGUCACCGCCGAAAAGCUAAAAUGGACAAUUGACCAUGGCGAGCAGGCUCUCACUCCCGAAAGCCGCCCUACAAAUUUCCUCAUGAUGUACAAAAAGAAUAGUGUGCGCUACGAGCCGCUUGGUGUUGUUUCGGCGUGUGUUUCGUGGAAUUAUCCAUUCCAUAAUCUGAUUUCGCCUGUGAUCAGUGCACUGUUUGCGGGAAAUGCGAUUGUCGUAAAACCAUCGGAGCAGACGGCGUGGUGUUCGGGGUUUUUCGUUGAUAUCAUCCGUGGAGCGCUGAUUAGCUGUGGCCAUUCGCCCGAUCUUGUGCAAUUGGUGGUGUGUCUACCGCAAGUCGCCGACUCAUUGACUUCACAUGCAGAUAUUUCGCAAUUAACGUUCAUCGGAUCCAGGCCCGUGGCACACAAAGUCUGCGAGUCGGCGGCCAAGUCAUUGAUUCCAGUCACGGUUGAGCUAGGAGGGAAAGAUCCGUUUGUGGUGCUCGAUGACUCGACUACAGUUCGUGGAUUGGAGUCUAUUGCGUCUAUCCUCAUGCGCGGUGUGUUUCAGUCUGCGGGUCAGAAUUGUAUUGGUGUUGAGCGCGUGAUUGCUCUUCCGGGCACAUAUGAUAAACUCAUUGAGAUUGUGACCCCGCGGAUCAAGGCUUUGACUUUGGGCUCCAUUCUGUUGGAUACAAGAAAUGAGUCCUUCACGCCAGAUGUUGGAGCAAUGAUUUCACCUGCCGGAUUCGCGAGACUCGAGACCUUGAUCGCAGAGGCUGUAGACCAAGGUGCUCGACUCAUCCAUGGUGGGAAACAGUACCAACACCCCAAAUAUUCUCACGGACAUUUCUUUACACCUACGUUACUAGUCGACGUCACACCCUCCAUGCGCAUCGCACAAGUCGAACUCUUUGCACCCGUCAUGGUAAUCAUGCGCGCCUCUUCUGUAUCCGAUGCAAUCUCAAUCGCCAACUCCACCCCUUAUGCCCUUGGCGCCAGCGUCUUUGGCCACAACUCGCGUGACGUCGAAAUAUGUAUUCGCAACAUCAAAGCCGGCAUGGUUGCCGUUAACGACUUUGGCGCCUUUUAUGCCGUCCAAUUACCCUUCGGCGGUGUCAAGGGUUCUGGGUACGGACGAUUUGCAGGCGAGGAAGGGUUGAGAGGGGUGAGUAAUCUGAAGGCUGUGUGUGUUGAUCGAUUCCCAAGGAUUGUGGGUACGCAGAUUCCGCCUAGGGUGGAUUAUCCGAUAUAUAAAGGAGAAAGUCAGAAGGCAAAUGGGACGGGGGCGUGGGAGAUGUGUAAAGGCGUUGUGGAGACGGGCUAUGCGUUGGAUGUUGUUGGGAGGGUGAGAGGGAUACUUCGGAUAUUGACCAAUUCCUAG